AUGAUCCUUUCACAAUGCGUUGGUGUUAUUCGCUUAGACCAGUCGUCAUCUUCUUUUGUCUAUGUAUACUGCUGUCGCCAGGCCGAUGCUCUGAUAUGCUUGCAUCAAAACGGCACUGUCAGUCUACACUACUGCCUGUCUGCAUUAGUACCCGCCUUUAUGGAAGAACCGUUUUUGCAUGCGCCUACUGACCUUAAGUACCACUUUCUGUGUGAAUCAAAGUCUCUUCGACGGGGUAGAAACUUCAGUGUUGUCGCUAUGUCCGUCGAUCCUAGCACUGAGUUAGCGAUCACGGUUGCGACUUCGGACGGUCGUCUGCAAUUCUUCGAAAUCGAAUCUGAUGCUCCUUCGAAAGAUGGCUGGCCAAGAUGGACCCUUAUGGACGUAAUGAAGGCUUUGGAUUUUGAAAAUAUCUUUCGAUUCCUAAUAUAUGCCUACCAUCCCUUUCUGGUGCAGAUAUGGGAUCUGUUUGCAGCCAAAAUGUGGCGGGAGUAUCUUCUGGUCAACGGGCCUGUCCACGGUCUGGCCUGGGGCAUACUCCCUGGGGAAGCAGGAAGCGCAGGCGAAUCAGGCGGGCUCACUCUCUUCGCGUACACUCAUCAGACUUCUGAAGUUUCUAGCAUCAGCAGUGGUAGCAGUGGCACCGUUCAGGAACCUGCCAAACCGGCGCUUAGCGUCCAUAACACCGUCGUGCGCAUUGAACUUGAAACAGGUCGACAGCAGUCGGUGGUCACACAAAGCGCUGAUGCUAAGGAGCUAAACCUCUUCAAACUGACCAUGCAGAAACCGGUACCUGUCAUCAAACCAUGCAGGAGGCUUAUCGAGGCUUUGAACCCUACCGAUUUCUCCGCCGCGGUCACGCCGAUUCAGUGCUUGAAGAUUAGUAAUCUCGGACAGUACCUCGCGAUUCUUUAUGAAGGAUGGCCUCUGGAGAUCUGGGAUGCUCAGAAGUUGGUACUUCUAAAGUCCUUCUCUGUCGAGGAUUCUAGACCCACAGCCUUGACGUGGUCUAACGCCAACUUUUCAGGUCAUUCAUCUUCCCCUCAAAGUGGUACUUCUGGGUUGAUACCGUCAACACUUGCAAAAGACUCAAAUGCAGGCGACUCCUUUAUGCGUGAGACAUUUAUUCUAUGCACAUCGCCUUUGAAUUUGAAACUCUUUACAAUGGAGGGCUUCAAUGUGGAAACUAUGUCCAUCUCCAGUACGAUAGUUCAAAGUCUGCCUCGAAACAUUGGAAAUAACAUAACUUGUGCAUCUUGGCGCUCUCCCAUGAUUGCCUUUGGCAUGGCUGAUGGUUGUGUAGCGGUUAGAAAUCUGCAAGAGAAGAAGACUAUUAAGCGAUAUGUGGCUGGUUUUGCUUCUGGCUCUGCUAUGCUAACCUCUACUGCAUCUCCAAGCUCAAAGAAUGAACUCAUUGGUACAAAUGGAGAAGUCUCCGCAUUGAGCCAUGUCAAAAAGGUGGAAUUCAUAUUCUCUGGGGAGCUGCCUUGUUAUCUACUCACGCUGUGCAACGGCAGUGUCACGGUUUGGGAGCCCAGACAGAUGGUGUUGUUGUGUGCGACACGCUUUGGCAUCAGCCCACAGAAGGUCCUUAUUGAUGCCACCUGGACCAACGCUGCCCUUUCCCCAGUGGAUCCCUUCCCUUCUUGCGUUCUCCUCACCGUUGACGGCUCCCUCAGUUUGGCCACUGCCGGUGUCAUGGCGGCCAAUAGAUCUAUGAAUGAGUCGGGGAUGGAAUGCGGUGGAACAGGCGCAGGACAACGAAGGAACAGUAUCAUCGAGGGUUCUGAUGAUUUUCUGCCGGUUUCACAAUUUAAGUUCAAUAGCCCGCUCUCAAGUGAUGUUGAGACGAACGAUUUCCUGUAUUUACCCAGUCUGUUGCCAACGAACGUAGCUCUGACCAUCAGACACCUGCUGCAGCACCAACCUUGGCGAUCACCCCUCUCCACUUCAGAGAAGGCCUCCGGUGGGGUUGUCCUCAUGUGUCCUCCACUAGAUACAACCUUCACCAAUGUGCAAUCUUCUGUUAAUCGCUUCUUUGCAAAAUUCCGAAGCACGAAACAUUUAUGUGCUCCGUUUGAGUCCUCUCAAUUGAGCAUUGUGGAGCGCUGCCUACUGACAGCUCUGUUAUUUGGGGACACAUAUGAGACGGCCUUUUGGCGUGUGGCGGCGUACCAACUCCUGACGUCUAAAUUACCGGCAGGUCCUCCUUCGGUGUCUGCGCCUAAGUUGUGGAGGCGCUUCAACCUCACGGACCUCGUCUGGGAUGAGUUAACUGAGGGGACGACCUACCGCGCGGCUGUAGUUGAACGAGUCAAUCGCCUUAUGUCCGAAACCACCGCUGAGCAAAGCAAACUCCGCAGCCACUUCCUUCUUAUGUUAGGCUUUCGAAAGGAGGCGAUAGAGCACCUAACUGAGACCUCGCCGGAUUUGGCAUCCUUCAACUUUAACAUCCAUCGAGCCUGCCUCCUGGUCUCACAAGACUACAUUCGUAACUUGGAAGCCGCCGUUACGGACAACGCGAGUAAUUCACUUCUCGAGGCAAGGCGGAAUUACACGAGUGCAGUGAAACUCUUGGCUGCAAACCUCAUUUCUAGCAACCACCUAUAUGAGGGUGUGGAGAUGCUCUGCAUGUUGGGCAUGCAUUUGGAGGCGUGCCGCUAUCUGGAAACCUAUAAUGAAUGGGAGACUGCUGUUUGGCUAGCCAAGUGCACCUUGAGUAAGGAGGAAUGUGAUGGCGUAAUGAAUCGAUGGGCCACCUAUCUCGCAUCUACAGCAAAUCGAAAGGCUCUAGCGAUUCUGGUUUUGGUGUACCUUGGACAGCAUGAUUCAGUUCUCACUCUGCUCAAAAGCCUCCGACAGCAUCAAUUAGCGGCCAGGUAUUUGGAAGCCUGCCUUGAGUGUCACGCGGUAAUUCCCGAUCGGACGACAGAGGAAUUGCAUUCGCAAGUGUUUCUUGAUUUUGCCACAACACUGACGGAUAUGGGGCAGCGGGAACCCGCUCUGUACUACGCAGGACUGGCAGGUGAUAUGGGCGAACCACUGCGCGCUGAAAUUGACUUCCUUCUCAGCUGA